AUGCUUAAUUUUACGGAUGUUACAGAAUUUGUUCUUUUAGGGUUAACUAGUCACUCUGAACUACAACUCCUCUUCUUUGUGGUCUUCUUACUGGUCUACAUCAUCACUCUGCUUGGGAAUAUUGGUAUGAUCAUAUUAAUCCAGAUCAGUCCUCAGCUCAGCAGUCCCAUGUACUUUUUCCUGGGACACCUCUCUUUUGCAGAUGUGUGUUUCUCUUCUAAUGUCACCCCUAAAAUGUUGGAAAAUUUGGUCUCUGAGAUCAAAACCAUCUCCUAUGCUGGAUGCAUAGUGCAAUGCUUUUUCUUUAUUGGCUUUGUCCAUGUCGAAGUGUUCAUCUUGGCUGUCAUGGCCUUCGACCGCUACAUGGCCAUUGGCAACCCUCUGCUCUACGGCAGCCGAAUGUCAAGAACUGUCUGCAUCUGCCUGAUUUCUUUCCCUUAUGUGUAUGGCUUCUUCAUCAGCUUGAUCUCAACACUGUGGACCCAUGGCUUAUACUUCUGUGGAAACAUAGAGAUCAACCACUUCUACUGUGCAGAUCCACCUCUCAUUAAGAUAGCCUGCGCUGGCACCGCCAUUAAAGAAUACACCAUGCGCACCUUGGCAGGGCUCAACUUCUCGUACUCCUUAUUGGUCAUCAUUGUGUCCUACAUAUUCAUCCUCAUUGCCAUCCUCAGAAUGCGCUCUGCGGAGGGAAGAAAGAAAGCCUUUUCCACGUGCGGGUCUCACUUGACAGCCGUCACCAUAUUCUAUGGGACGCUGUUCUUCAUGUACCUCAGGACCCCAACGGAGGAGUCUGUGGAGCAGGGCAAGAUGGUGGCCGUGUUCUACACCACGGUGAUUCCUAUGCUGAACCCCAUGAUCUAUAGCCUGAGGAACAAGGACGUGAAGGAGGCUGCUCAGAAAGCGGUCAGCAGAAUAGUUGUGACGAGGUAG